GCAGGACCCCAACAGCCACUGCCAGAGGCCCUGCCAGGAGCGGGUGAGGGCGCCUGGUGGGCUGCCCUCGAUCUUCUGCUUCGCGGUGACGCAGCCCUCGGGCGACGAGGCGGACUUGAUGAACGCCCAGGCCAAGCGCGGAGUGGGCAUCUUCGCUUGUAACGACUUCGCAGUAUUGUGCCAGGAGCAGGUCAGCCUCGACGGUGUAGACUCUCGGGAUUUGAUUACGUUCGAGCCCGCGUCCGUGGGUAUGUCGAAGGACGGUACCGCAGGAAACGCGGAGCUCUUCAUGAACGUGUGGAAAGCGAUCGGGGAAGACGGGCGCUACAAGAGCCACGAUUGGACGAUCAAGGUCGACCCCGACACGGUCCUGUUCCCGGACCGCCUCCGUACAGCCUUGGCGAAACCGAUUUACGAAGGAGCCACCGACGAGACGGGCCCGGGCGCUUUCGUGAAGCAGUGCAUGAAGUGGAACGGCCCUGGGUGGCCGGCCAUGUUCGGCUCGAUCGAGGCCGUUUCCACGCCAGCGGUCAGUAGCUACAUGCGGGGCGCAGACAGCUGCAAGACCAACCUGAAGUGGCAGGACUGGGGCGAGGACCUCUACCUCGCCAGCUGCUUCGAGCAGGUCAUCAUGGUCCCUGGCAUUGGCGACAUUAGCAUCAGCGGCGACGACGUCUGCAAGGGCGAGGGGUCCGCCGCGGGCCCCUCGACCGGCGCCACGUGCUGGGACGGCGAGAAGGCGUCGUACCAUCCCUUCAAGAACGCGGGCGACUGGUUCAGGUGCCACGACCAGACGACCACCGGCUAAGGCUGCCGCGAGCGCCUUGGGUUCCAGCUCCGGUUGGCUCCGUAGCCACCAGUCGUGUUUCGUCCCGUCCUCCUCCUCUCCUCCUUUCCUCAUCCUCUU